AUGAGUAAUCGGCAGUCCCGACGUGGGCGCCCGCCCCCAGACCUGGACCCUAGUUUGGACCCAGGCCCAGGCUCAGGCUCAGGCUCGGGUCGUCGCCUGGGCCCUGGUCACCCAAAGACAGAUGACGAGGAAGACGGCGACGACGUCGAUGAUAACAGAGUGGACAGCCGCGCAGUCGCCGUCGGUCUCCACCCUGCCGCACUCACAACGACGUGGUCGGGUCCAGUUCCUACUUAUACAACCCGUGCCGUGCUCCCACGCUCUGGGAGCUUUUACUCUCAGCAGCCGCCACAGCUGCACCUCGAACAUCAGCAGCAGCGGCUUGGUGGUGUGGAUGAAGGAGAUGACCGACGCCAGAGGGGCCACGCGGGAGCCCACACUCCCGGCCAUUAUGAGGAUCUGGGCCUCGAGCUAAAGCCUCAGCAGGCCCAGGCCCUCCAGGCCCCAGCCUCAUCAGACCAGGAGUUGUCAGCAGCAGCAGUAGCUGCUGCUGCUGCCGUACCGCAAAGACCUCGGCAGCGGCAGCUGGGCCGACAGCACCAGCUACAGCAGCUACAGCAGCUACAGCACCAGCGCCUGAUCCAGCAGCAGCAGCAGCACCAGCGCCUGGUCCGGCAGCAGCAGCACCACCAGCACCACCAGCACCACCAGCAGGAGCACCACCAGCACCUUCAGCCCGCUGGGUCGCUAGCGUCGCCAGCGCUGGAUCCGAAAGGCCAGGAACGACUCGAAGACCCGCAAGGGCCCCAACAACCCCAACAAUUGCACUCACAUGAUUCGCAUCGUCUUGUCGAGUACGAGCAACAACAGCAAUCCGACCAGCACCAGCACGGCCGCCGCCAUCUCGAGGCCCAGGCCCAAACCCUCACCUCCGAGGCCUUUCUCCCUGAGUACCAUCAGUCAAUCGGGCCACCUCAGCCGCAGCACCACCACUCUCACCACCCUCAUCGCCAUCACCCUCACCAACAACCGCCUCUUCCGCAGCCUCCCCUGCAUCACAGCCAGCAGCCGCAGCCUGGUCCGCACCCUCGGCAGCCCGUCUACUUCGUCCCUCACCCGCCCCUCGUCGAUCCCACCGCUGCCGCUGCCGCUGCCGCUGCCGCCACCGCUCCUGGGCUUGUCUCGUCGCCCCCCUCCUCGUCUGGCUCGACCCUCUGCCACCCUCAUGAUCCGCGACUGCUUCACGCCUCCGAACUGCAGACCACCAUCGCCUGGUUCCCGACAAGCGACGAGCCCAGCGCUGUGCCGCAGCUGCAUAAUUACACAGCGCCGUCCGACUUUUACGAUCCCAACCACGAUCCACACACCACCGACGACCCGACCUUUUAUCACCACCGCCCGUAUCACCACCCGCACCACCAGCAGCGCCCGCUGAAUUGGCCCUUUAUUCAAUUGCCCGACGGGCAGACGGUGCUUUCCAUGCAUCCCGAGCUCUCCAUAUUGAAUGCCGAGUCGUAUCAUGACGGCAGUGCAUCCUCCUUCCGAGCCCCUCGCAGCCUGCCCCCUCGACCGACACCAACGCCUUCCACGCCCGGCGCCGACGAAGGCCGCACGCGAUCUCAUCGUGUGUCGCGCCACGGCACCAAGAGGUCCAUGGCGCAACGCGGUUGA